GGCGGCAGCUGCGGCGGCCCCGGCCCCGGACUGCGGGGAAUGGAAGUCCUAGGUCUCUGACUGAGCACCGCCCCCGCCUCCCUGCCCCGACAUGGCUCAGGAGAAGAUGGAGCUAGACCUGGAGCUGCCUCCGGGUACGGGCGGGAACCCGGUGGAGGGCGGCGGCGGUGGCGGGGGCCUCAGGAGGUCUAACAGCGCCCCCCUGAUCCACGGCCUCAGUGACACUUCGCCGGUGUUCCAGGCCGAGGCGCCCAGCGCCAGGCGGAACAGCACGACGUUCCCGAGCCGCCCCGGCCUGCUGCUGCCGGCCUCCCCGGUCCGCAUGCACAGCAGCCGCCUGCACCAGAUCAAGCAGGAGGAGGGCAUGGACUUGAUCAACCGCGAGACGGUCCACGAGCGCGAGGUGCAGACCGCAAUGCAGAUAAGCCACUCCUGGGAGGAAAGUUUCAGCCUGAGUGACAACGACGUGGAGAAAUCCGCCUCCCCGAAGCGCAUCGACUUCACCCCGGUGUCACCGGCCCCCUCACCCACCCGGGGCAUUGGGAAGCAGUGUUUUUCACCAUCCUUGCAAAGUUUUGUGAGUAGCAACGGGUUGCCUCCAAGUCCCAUUCCCAGCCCCACCACCCGGUUUACUACGAGGAGAAGCCAGAGUCCCAUCAAUUGCAUUAGACCAAGUGUUCUUGGACCAUUGAAAAGAAAAUGUGAAAUGGAAACUGAGUAUCAGCCAAAGAGAUUUUUCCAGGGCAUCACCAACAUGCUUUCUUCUGACGUUGCACAGCUGUCAGAUCCUGGUGUGUGUGUGUCUUCAGAUACCCUGGAUGGAAACAGCAGCAGCGCGGGAUCUUCUUGUAACUCACCAGCGAAAGUCAGCACUACCACCGACUCUCCUGUGUCGCCUGCCCAAGCGACUUCUCCUUUUAUUCCAGUAGAUGAACUUUCAUCUAAGUGAUGCACCCACCCAUCCUGAGACUUGGUUUUUUGUUCGUUCAUUCGUUGGUUUCUUUUCUUUUUCCUUUUUUUUUUUUUUUUUGCAAUGGAAAAAAAUAAUCAAGUUGGGAGUAAGCACUGUACUUUGUCAAUUAAUUUGAGGCUAUUUCCUAUUGGACUCUUUUUUCGUUUUUUGGAAUUUCCGGAAUUGUUAUUCUAGAGAACUUUUAUGUCAGAUUUCUGCGGAUGCCCUUGAAUUCAAUGUAAUAUUUUCAGACAUUUUCCCAAUAAGUGUGUUGAAGCAUACAUCUCUUACGCUGCUAAUAUGUCUAAAUACAUAUGUUAUCCCUUGAUUUUUUUAAAUAAUUGAGAGCUCUAUUUAUUUAUGGGAUUAUUAAGUUCUGAUGAAAAUAUAAAUGUUGAAUUACUCAGCAUAGUAAACUGAUGUUUUAAAAUUCCAUACUUCAUGCCCACACUAAUUUUUAAUGUUGUUAUCAGUGAUUGCUAAUUUCUAUUUGAUGAAGAACAAUAACCUAUCUAUUUCCAGCUAUUUUAAAAAUAUGUUAGUUAUAACAUAUCAAUCCAGUGGUUGUCUAUUUUACCCAGGAAUCCUUGGAUAUUUAACUUUCUGGGUACAGAAGUGGAGGUGGGUGGAAUGAUAAAAGAACAAAAUAAAGUUUGCAACAAAUCUUUUAAAAUUAAAUACACAAAAGUAAAUGUAUUUAAGAAACACUUUCUAAUGAAAUUUUAACAAUAAUUCUAAGACAUAAAAAUAUACUGUAUAGAAAAUGAAAAUUUUCUUUUUCUUUUUAACCAGAAGGUGCAUUCUGUUGCAUAAUAAUCCUAAAGUGAAAUGGGACAGUGCCUUGCCUUUUUAUCCUGCUGUAUAUGUUGAAGCCAGGUUCUUUGUAUCACUGCAAAGUUAAAAGUUUUCAAAUGUAGAAAAUGUAUGGGAAGUCCUGUUGAACUUCAUCAGAGCUCCCAGGUCAAGCAAAUGCUCUCAAUCAUUGGUAUGCUUUAAAAUAUCCGAUAGUGCCUCAGUGAAAAAUCUUUGCCAGCGAGGAGCUAGGGAAACUUUUGGCUGCCUUUCUGUUCUGCCCAUCUGUUACCUUCCUAGUUUUCCCUGACUCAGGAAGGAAGCAGCUGUUUCCUUGCCAACAGGUCCUUCCUCUUUACCUCCCAGCAAACUAGGGCAUUUACCUCCCAGUCAGUUAGGCAAAGGUACACUGUGACUCAGAUUUCUCAUAGUGAGCAACAAGAGGACUGGUAAUUGUUUCAGGUGCCUCUGUGGUUAAAGCUGCAGCUGAAGUUGACUGCCUUGAGGAGGAUGUCAGUUAAUUAAGGGUCAAUAUCUUAUAAGAGAAAAUCAGUGGAGAGUCAGUAAAUCAUUUGACUUAGUAAAUCAUUUGACUUAGGUUUUGUUAAAAGUAGAAUAUGAAAUGUUCUUUUCUCUGUCUCUUAAAAUCCAGACAAAAUAUGAAACUAAUAAGAAAUGUUUUUAUGUUGUGUUUACUAUACCUCCUAUAUCUUUCUUAAUCAGAUAGAUAUAAGUAGACAGACAAAGGUAGACAAAGGACAAGGGGAAAAAAUGAAAAGACUAAAAGAGAGAAUAAGAUAAAAGCUCUGGCUUACUUUUUUCAAGUUAUUGCCUACAGAGAUUAACAACUAUGUGGAAUUUCUACAACAAUGGGAAUAAAUGGAACUGGUCAACUUUUGACAGUUGCUUCAAGAAUUCAGUGAAAUUACAUCGAGGGUAAGACAACCACAGGUUUAAAUUCCCUAUUCUGGAUAAUAGUGUUCAUGUGCUCCAGUUCUCACCUUGCUCCUCAAAUUCAAUCCUAUAGGUCCAGCUUCCUCACCUUGACCUACUUCCAGAGGUCUUUAACCUGAUCAUCUUCAAAACAAAAUGUAUUAUUUUCUCAUUUAACCUACAUUCUUGAAUUACCUAAGUUGAUAUCUAAUUUCCUAUACUGAAAAUCAUGGGAAGCAUCUUUGACUUUCCCUUUCCCCUACCUGUCACAUUCAGCUUAAUAACCAAGUCCUAUCUACUUCUGAAAUGAAUCUUAAGCCUGCCCCCUGAUCUAUUGCCUCAGAUUUAGCUUAAGUUUCUAAGUGAUCGCCCAGUCUAUUUUCUUACCUCAUUUUUGGUCUUCACACUGCCUCUAAAGUGAUCUUUCUAAAAUAUAAACUUGAUUUCUCCUGUUUGAAAACUAUAUGCUUCCCCAUUCCUACCUGGCAUAUGAUAAGAUCCUUUGCGAACCGGCUGUAUUCUAAAACACUAUCCACUAAUCAUGUCUCAGUACACAUCCUUCCUCCUUAACCUGUAAGCACUAGACUAGAUUCUCUAAAUAUUUUUAACCUUUAGAUAGAUGGUUUCCUUCUCCCUAAAAAUACCAAUUCCUUUGCAGCCAGGCAAAUACUAUGUUUCUUCUUAUUUCACAUGAAUUUAACUAUGAAAUAAUGUGUCCCUGCUAAUUAUAAAAAUAAUUAAACAAUAUAGAUACCUAUAUAGUAAAAAAUUUUACUAUGUGCAAUUUCUCUUCUCUUCCCAUAAGUGAUUUCUGUUAAUUAGUAUAAAGUAUACAUGCUUUGCACUUCCCUCUAUAUCUGUGUAUAAGCUCAGGAAACCAACAUGUCAUUGACAUUUCCUUUCUUUCACUCUAUCUAAUCAUCACCAAGUCUUACUGAUUUUAUCUUCCAGAAUUUUCUCAUUUUUACCUCUGCUGCAACCCUGAUCUAGGCUACCAUCACUUCCCUCUUAAGCUUCUAAAGCAGCCUCCUAAUUCCCAUUUAUUUCCACCUUAUAUUCAUUCUGGUCAACUACCCAUUCAUUCUUUGUGUAGCAACUACAGUAAUCCUGUUAAAUCUGCAGAUCUCAUCCUUCAUCUCUCAGUUCAAAGACUUUGAUUUACUUCCUUUUGUUCUCAGUGUGUAUCAGAAUGUGUUAAUUCUGGCGAGGAGGCCUUAUGAGAUUGGGCCCUUGCCUUUCCCUUCCCUUGUUUUCUGUGCCCCACCCUCACUGGCUUGCUUCCUUCUUGUUAAAUCCCUGUUCUUUCCUAUUCUAGCUCCUUUUACUUGAUCCUUUUUCUUGAAGGUGUAGAGAGACCUUUAUCUGUAAGCUUAUUUUUCUGUAUAGGUGGUAAAUUUUCAGUCAGAUGAAGCUGUAUGCAUUUAUAUAGAUAAUAUGCA